AUGAGCAACACAAUCUACUACACUGUCUGGGCAGUCUGCCAUUGUGCAGCCUACAUCGUCGGCCUCAGCUACCCGCACCUGCAGACACCCGAGACGGGCAUGCUGUGGGUGGGCCUUGUCGUCACCUCCCUCUCUGCGGCCGGCUGCUACUAUUUGGCCUCCACCUCCGAUCCCGGCUACCUUCCCAUCGCCACCCCGACCGCACUUGCACCAUCCGAUGAGACCAUUGCGGCGGCGCCACACCUGUACUGCUCCACAUGCAACAUCUACCCUCGUCCGUUGCGAUCGAAGCACUGCCGCACCUGCGACCGCUGUGUUGAGCGGUUUGACCACCACUGCCCCAUGAUCGCCAACUGCGUGGGCAAGAAGAACGCCCCCUACUUCUGGGGCUUCACCGUCCACCAGUGCCUCAAUCUCCUGUGCGCCUUCGGCUUCGUUCUCGCCGACCUGCGCACGGACCCGUACCCCCAGUGGCGGCGUCCCAUCGCCUACGACAUCCCUCGCGAGUACGUCGUCUACGCCCUGUCCCUCGUCCUCUUCAAUUUCUUCUGCCUGGCGUUCGGCUUCGCGUUUUCAGUGACGUAUUGGCUGGUCCAGAACGUGACCACCAACGAGCGCAUCAAUCAGGCCCGCUACUCCUACUUCCACCAGGGCGAGAGUCGGUUCGACAAGGGUCCCUGGCACAACGUGCUGGUCUACUUCAACCUCGUGUCGGAGGACACCGACCCCUUGUCCCUGGAGAACAGCCUCCAGCACCACCAGCCGUGA